AAAUAAUUAAGUCAUAAAAAAAAAUUGUGUUAAUUGUGUUAUUGUAAAUUAAUAAAUUACAUUUUACAAAAAAAAAAAAGAGAGAGAGAGAGAUAAAUAUAUUAAGAAAUAAAAAAUGGGUAAUGUACAUGCAGCUUCAGCACCUCCACCACCACCACCAGUAUAUAUUACACCGCCAGAAAUUCCUAAGGAACAAAGUCUAGAUAAUGUUAAAUUGGAAUCACCAAGACCGCAAAAUCCAGGAACAGUUGAAGAAAUUCACAAACUUUGCAAAGAUGUAUUUCCACUUAAUUUUGAGGGUGCCAAGCUCAUCGUCAACAAGGGCCUUAGUAAUCAUUUCCAAAUAUCACAUUCAAUAUUAAUGAGUUCUGUCGUUAAAUCUGGCUACAAAUUUGGUGCAACUUAUGUUGGAACAAAACAAGUAUCAUUAACAGAAGCAUAUCCAGUAAUGUUGGGUGAUAUUGAUCCAAAUGGUAACUUGAAUGCAAAUAUAAUACAUCAACUUGCACCAAGACUCAAGUGUAAAAUGGCUGCUCAAGUACAAAAAAGUAAAUAUACUGCAUUACAAAUGACAGCUGAUUAUCGUGGUGAUUCAUACACUGGUUCAUUGACUAUUGCUAAUCCAGAUGUUCUCAAUGGUUUUGGUGUUAUGGUUGGUCAUUAUCUACAAAAUGUAACUCCAAAUUUAGCAUUGGGUGGUGAAAUAGCAUACCAACGUGGUCAUGGUGUACCAGGUGGUGGUAUUGCUGUUGCAUCACUCGUUGGAAGAUACACACAUGGUCCAUCAACAAUAAGUGCAAGUCUUGGUAUGGCUAAUUGUCAUGUUUGCUUUCAUCAAAAAGCCAGUGAACAACUACAAAUUGGUGUUGAGCUUGAUGUUAAUGCUAGAAUGCAAGAAUCAACAGCAACAAUAGCAUAUCAAAUUGAUUUACCACAAGCUGAUCUUGUUUAUCGAGGUACACUUGAUUCAAAUUGGACAGUUGGAGCAGUACUUGAAAAAAAAUUAUUACCAUUACCAUUUGCAUUUGUUUUGAGUGGUUUAUUAAAUCAUUCAAAAGGACAAUUUCAACUUGGUUGUGGUUUAAUGAUUGGUUGAAUUUAAUAUGAUUAAAUAAUAAAAACAAAUUAUAAUAAUUAAUAAAAAUUGAAAAACACAAAACAAAUCAAGUAAAAUAAAAUAAUAAAAAAAAAUAAAUCAAGAUACUUGGACAAAUUUUUUAAUGUAAAUUUGACGUUGAAUCUAUCUGUUGAUUCAUUUAUAAAGAAAAAAAAAGAUUUUUAACAAUGUGUUUUUAUUUUUUAUUUUAUUUUAUUUAUGAAAUUAAAACAAUCAAGUAAUAAUCAAAGAAUCAACUUUAUUGUAAUGAUUUUUCGAUUAAAUUAAGACUCAAUAAAACAGUGCAUUUACGAUUAACAAAGAGAAAAAAUUAAAAAAAAAAAAAAUUAAAAAGAAACAAAAUGUUGAAUAGAAUGAGAAUUACAUGUUCAUGAUUUGUUUUUUUUUUUUUUUUUUUAAAUAUUUUUCAUUCUUUCGAAAUAUUUUUCCUUCCCAAAGAAAUAUUAAAUGAAGAAAAAAAAAAAAAAAAAAAACGUAAUAAUAAUUAUUGUUAGUUUGUCAAAGUAAAAUUACAGGCUAAAUGUAAAAUUAAAAAAGAAAAAAAAAUAUUACCAGCAACAUA